GGCAUGAACGGAAUCCGGAGGCGCCUGCCCAGCGCUCAGGGACCGGUCGGCACUUGCUGCCCUCGAGAGCUGACCCCGAGCCCCUCCAGCCAUUUGUGAACCAGGAGGCUUGACAUCGCCACCGCAGGGCCCGGCAAGAGAAAUUUCAAUGAAAAGAAAAGCCAAUGGAUUGUGGUCUUAGAAAAGCCGCUUAGAUGAUGUCUGUUUCCCGUGCUAUAGACACGUGGCAGAGCUGUAAGUAAAUGCUCCGCACUGCAUGAUGAAUUGGAUGGCUACAGACCGAAGACAAAAAAAAUAAUUGUCUCAUUUUCGUGGUGAUUUGCUUAACUGGUGGGACCAUGCCAGAACGGCUAGCGGAAAUGCUCUUGGAUCUCUGGACUCCAUUAAUAAUAUUAUGGAUUACUUUUCCUUCUUGCAUUUACAUGGCUCCGAUGAAUCAGUCUCAAGUUUUAACGAGUGGAUCCCCUUUGGAACUUAGCAGUCUGGGUGAAGAACAGCGAAUUUUGAACCGCUCCAAAAGAGGCUGGGUUUGGAAUCAAAUGUUUGUGCUGGAAGAGUUUUCUGGACCUGAACCAAUUCUUGUUGGCCGGCUACACACAGACCUGGAUCCUGGGAGCAAAAAAAUCAAGUAUAUCCUAUCAGGUGAUGGAGCUGGGACCAUCUUUCAAAUAAAUGAUGUAACUGGAGAUAUUCAUGCUAUAAAAAGACUUGACCGAGAGGAAAAGGCUGAGUAUACCCUAACAGCUCAGGCAGUGGACUGGGAGACAAGCAAACCUCUGGAGCCUCCUUCUGAAUUUAUUAUUAAAGUUCAAGACAUCAACGACAACGCACCAGAGUUUCUUAAUGGGCCCUAUCAUGCUACUGUGCCAGAAAUGUCCGUUUUGGGUACGUCUGUCACUAACGUAACAGCAACCGACGCUGAUGACCCAGUUUACGGAAACAGUGCAAAGUUGGUUUAUAGUAUAUUGGAAGGGCAGCCUUAUUUUUCCAUUGAGCCUGAAACAGCUAUUAUAAAAACUGCCCUUCCCAACAUGGACAGAGAAGCCAAGGAGGAAUACCUGGUUGUUAUCCAAGCCAAAGAUAUGGGUGGACACUCUGGUGGCCUGUCUGGGACCACAACACUUACAGUGACUCUUACUGAUGUUAAUGACAAUCCUCCAAAAUUUGCACAGAGUCUGUAUCACUUCUCAGUACCAGAAGACGUGGUUCUUGGCACUGCAAUAGGAAGGGUGAAGGCCAAUGACCAGGAUAUUGGGGAAAAUGCACAAUCAUCAUAUGACAUCAUUGAUGGAGACGGAACAGCACUUUUUGAAAUCACUUCUGAUGCCCAGGCUCAGGAUGGCAUUAUAAGACUAAGAAAACCUCUGGACUUUGAGACCAAAAAAUCCUAUACGCUAAAGGUAGAGGCAGCCAAUGUACAUAUUGACCCACGUUUCAGUGGCAGGGGGCCCUUUAAAGACACGGCGACAGUCAAAAUCGUUGUUGAAGAUGCUGAUGAGCCUCCGGUCUUCUCAUCACCGACUUACCUUCUUGAAGUCCAUGAAAAUGCUGCUCUAAACUCCGUGAUUGGGCAAGUGACCGCUCGAGACCCUGAUAUCACUUCCAGUCCUAUAAGGUUUUCCAUCGACCGGCAUACUGACCUGGAGAGGCAGUUCAACAUUAAUGCAGAUGAUGGGAAGAUAACGCUGGCAACACCACUUGACAGAGAAUUAAGUGUAUGGCACAACAUAACAAUCAUUGCUACUGAAAUUAGGAACCACAGUCAGAUAUCACGAGUACCUGUUGCUAUAAAAGUGCUGGAUGUCAAUGACAACGCCCCUGAAUUCGCAUCCGAAUAUGAGGCAUUUUUAUGUGAAAAUGGAAAGCCCGGCCAAGUCAUUCAAACAGUUAGCGCCAUGGACAAAGAUGAUCCCAAAAACGGACAUUAUUUCUUAUACAGUCUCCUUCCAGAAAUGGUCAACAAUCCAAAUUUCACCAUCAGGAAAAAUGAAGAUAAUUCCCUCAGUAUUUUGGCAAAACAUAAUGGAUUCAACCGCCAGAAGCAAGAAGUCUACCUUUUACCAAUCAUAAUCAGUGAUAGUGGAAAUCCCCCACUGAGCAGCACCAGCACCCUGACCAUCCGGGUCUGUGGCUGUAGCAAUGACGGUGUUGUUCAGUCUUGUAAUGUUGAAGCUUAUGUCCUUCCAAUUGGACUCAGUAUGGGCGCCUUAAUUGCCAUAUUAGCAUGCAUCAUUUUGCUGUUAGUCAUCGUGGUGCUGUUUGUAACUCUACGGCGGCAUAAAAAUGAGCCAUUAAUUAUCAAAGAUGAUGAAGACGUUCGAGAAAACAUCAUUCGCUACGAUGACGAAGGAGGAGGGGAGGAGGACACAGAGGCUUUUGACAUUGCAACUUUACAAAACCCAGAUGGAAUUAAUGGAUUUUUACCCCGUAAGGAUAUUAAACCAGAUUUGCAGUUUAUGCCAAGAUUACAGAAGAGGGUUGCUAGGAGGAGUAUCACAAGAUGCUGUCUGAAGAGAAAGACUGUGGAAAACCAUGGCUUCAAUGAACUCAGAGGUCAGGACCAGAAAAGGAAAUGAGAGGUCACUAAAGCCAAAUGUUAAUUUCUUCUGUACAUGCAAAGAACUCCAGACCAUCCUAUGAUUCCCCAUAAAUAAGAGAAACAUUUUAACACUUAUUGUCUAAGACGGAACAUGACAAUUUAGGAGUCACUGGGACCAACCCCCUCUUUCCAAUGUUGCUCUGCUUUGACUACAAAUAUGUCUCAUGGUUUUCUAAUUUUUCUUUAACUCAACCUCUAAAGUUUGAGAGCUAUGUCAUCUAUGUCAAGUCUGAUUGUUGAGUAUGUGGAUGGAUGUUUCUGGCAUAAUGUUAGAGCUAUAAAUAAUGGUAUUUCAAAUAAACUUUAAAAAAGACUUUUCAAUACAAAAAUUAUUUUCUAUAAAUUACAUACUAGGUACAUGCUAGUAACAGAAAAAGGAUAUGCCCAACAUACUUCUCUUGCCUUUCAAGACAUGGAGUUAAAUUGGAUAAAUUACAGAAGCAAAUAAGUGAUAAACCAUUUGAUUUGGCUAUCCUGUGGAAGAACUAAGCAGGCAGUGUUUUGAAAGCACAGAGAAUGAAUAUUUAAGUCUACCAAGGCUAGGUAUCUUGUUUGAGGCUGUGUUAGAAUGAGUCUUGGAGGGAAGCAAAUUUUACACAGGGAAUAUCAAAAAGUAAGGCCAGGCUGAGGUCCUGACACCUGAAAAUAAAUGGUGGCAUGAGGGGAUCUCUCAGUGGGUUUCAUUAUCAUGUUUCUCAAUGUAUGAAAUUCUCCAAGUUACAAAACAAUUGUAUUUUUGUUUAUUUAAGAAAUAUGUACCAAAGAGUUCCCAUUCAUUUAGAUGCUGGAAAUACAGCACCAAAUAGGACAAAAGAGAUUUGUUUUUUUCUCAAAGACCUGGUCAUGCGGAAGAAAUGUAAAUAAAUGGAAAUACAAAAACAAAAACAAAACAAAAAAAAACUUGACAUGAUAGAACAAAAUAGAUGAAUGAGAAACUAAAUGUUUUACUUACAGUGAACAGAAUGAUAUUUGAGUUACAAUGUGAAGUUUUUAUGAUCAAGGAAAACCAUAGUAAAAGGUUUGGAAAUGUUUAUGUUAAUUGCUCUCCUGGAGUGAAUCAGUGGCAUAUACAAGAAUGAAUAUGAGGUCCAGAUGAUAGUGGAUAAGGCCAAAAGAAACACAACAGAUGUGGAAACCUGGGAAGGGACCAUAUUAUCCAGGUUCUUGUCAGCCAAGAUAAAGAGCUCAGAUUUACUUUAUGUGAAUGAGAAGGCAAUGGAAGAGACCUAAAUGCAGGGGGAUGAUAUGAUCUGAUUUAUAUUUUAAAAAUAAUCACUCUGGCUUUUACAUGAAAAUCAGAUUGUAUGAGAUGUGAAUGAAAGUGGGAAACCCAGAUCGAAGUUUUUUAUCAUAAGGCAAGGAAUAUCUUGUCUUGACUUUAUGGAGUGGUAAUACAGAUAGAAGAAAGACCCAGAAUUCACAUAUACUUUGGAUAUAAAAUUGGUAGUAAUGGUAGUUGCAUUACAUGCACAAAAUAUAGAUGGAAUCUAAAAAUAACUCCUAGAAGUUUUGGCUUGAAUGACUACAUAAUUCGUGGAGACAGUUACAAAGAUUAGGAAGAUGAGAAGUGGAUUUGUUUAUCAAAGACUGACAUUCUAACUUCUCGAUGACGAACAACAGGAAAGGAUAACAGAAAUCAGAGUCUUGCAGAAAUUCUUACAAGGGAUGUGUUCUAGACUGUAUUAGGUUCUUCAGAGAUGCAGAACCAUUUGGUGAAAGAGAGAAAUUUUUUUAAGGAAUUGGCUCCUGAAAUUAUGGUGGCUGAGGACUUCUAUGAUCUGUUGUCUGCAAGCUGGAGGAAAACAAGUAUUGCAGUUCUGUCUGAGUCCUUAGGGCCAAGAAUCAGGGGAGAUAAGAUAUAAAUCUCACUCUGAAGUCCAGAAAUGAUGAAAUAAGAUAUCCCAUCUCAAGCAGUAAGGCAGAAAAAAAGAGAACAGAUUUCCUCUUCUUGUUCUUUAUUUCUUCAGUGUAUUCAAUGAUGCCCAUCUAUACUGGGGAAGGCAAUCAACUUACCGGGUCCAUUGAUUUAAAUGCUGACUUUAUCUGGAAACACCAUCACAGACACACCCCCGGAAUAAUGUCUGAUUUGUGCAUCUUGUGACCUAGUUAAGUUGUCAUAUAAAAUUUACCAUCAUAGGAAUCAUCUAGAAAGCAUUUCUAUUUUUCUGCAUAUCAAUACCUGAGUCAAUAAAGAUCAUAAGAGACAUGAUAAAUUUCAGAAAGAAAAGGUAAGUCAGACUGAUAAUAUUAUAUAUUUUAGCUUUAUGUAAAUUAAAAAUAUAAGGCUCUACUUCAGUUACUUAGUUCAUUUUUGGUUGAGGUAUGAUGUACUUACUUACUGGAAAUAUUAGUUAAUGUAAAUGAGGAGAUAAUAUCCUGAAACCUUUAUGUAUGUUUACCUAAAAGUAGAAAAAAGGCAAAUGUAGCUCUCUCUAUAAACAUGAUACACUGUCCAGAAAGCAUUUCUGGGAUAUAUUCUUUCUCUCUGGACUGAAUACUAAAUCUGAAGAGAUGAAAAAUUUGGUCUUUGUGGUUUAGGUAUGAUAAAAAUUACAGAAGAAACACCCUCAAACAAAUAAUUUGUUUGUUUGUUUAUUGCUACUUACUGAUAAAUUUAUCUAGUUGUUUGGAAGUUUAGGGGUUUGGCACCUAGUAUACGUUGGAUGCAUAGAAUUGAAGCAAUAUCCGUUGAAGAAGAGAAGUCUUAUGCAAAGUAAGUAUAAGAAAUUCUUAUAUCAAAAACUUAUUUAGGAGAAUGCAUCUAAUCUGUUACGCAGUUAUCAUGCGAUGAGCCCUGUGCUACAUGUGUGCAGCUUGGACAACGAUAGAAAGACUCAUUCUUCUUUUUCAGAGAUUAAUGUCUUCUGUAGUAGUCUGACACAGUUCUUGUUUAUUUAUUUAUUUAUUUAUUUCGUAUUGUACUUUAAGUUCUAGGAUACAUGUGCAGAACAUACAGGUUUGUUACAUAGGGAUACAAGUGCCAUGGUGGUUUGCUGCACCCAUCAACACAUCAUCUACACUAGGUAUUUCUCCUAAUGCUAUCUCUCCCUUAUCCCCCCACCCUCUGACAGUAUGUGAUGUUUCCCUCCUUGUGUCCAUGUUCAAUCCCAGUUAUGAGUGAGAACAGGUGGUGUUUGUUUUUUUGUUCUUGUUAGUUUUCUGAAAAUGAUGGUUUCCAGCUUCAUCCAUGUUCCUGCAAAGGACAUGAACUCAUCCUUUUUUAUGGCUGCAUAGUGUUCCAUGGUGUGUAUGUGCCACGUUUUCUUUAUCCAAUUUAUCAUUGAUGGGCAUUGGGUUGGUUCCAAGUCUUUGCUAUUGUGAAUAGUGCUGCAAUAAACAUGUGUGCAUGUGUCUUUAUAGUACAAUGAUUUAUAAUCUUUUGGGUAUAUACCCAGUAAUGGGAUUGCUGGGUCAAAUGUUGUCUAUAGUUCCAGAUUCUUGACAAAUUGCCACACUGUCUUCCAAAAUGAUUGAACUAAUUUACACUCCCACCAACAAUGUAAAAGUGUUCCUAUUUCUCCACAUCUUCUCCAGCAUCUGUUGUUUUCUGAUUUUUUUAAUGAUCACCAUUCUAACUGGUGUGACAUGGUAUCUCAAUGUGGUUUGAUUUGUAUUUUUCUAAUGACCAGUGAUGAUGAGCUUUUUUUCAUUAAAAAAAUUAGUUUUUUAUGGUUUUAGGUCUUAUGUUUAAGACUUCAAUCCAUUUUGAGUUGAUUUUUGUAUAAGGUGGAAGGAAGGAGUCCAGUUUCAGUUUUCUUCAUAUGGCUAACCAGUUUUUCCAACUGUUGGGAAAAUCAUUUUCCUGUUGCCUGUUUUCAUCAGGUUUGUCAAAAACAGGUGGUUGUAGAUGGAUAGCAUCAUUUCUAAAGCCUCUGUUGUGUUUCAUUGGUAUAUAUAUAUCUGUUUUGGUACCAGUACCAUACUGUUUUGGUUACUGUAGCCUUGUAGGAUAGUUUGAAGUCAGGGAGUGUGAGGCCUCCAGCUUUGUUUUUUUUCACUUAAAACUGUCUUGGCCAUAUGGGCUCUUUUUUGGUUCCAUAUGAAAUUUAAAGUAGUUUUUUUUCCCGAUUCUGUGAAGAAAGUAAAUGGUAGUUUGAUGGAGUUAGCACUGAAUCUUUAAAUUACUUUGGGCAGUAUGGCCAUAUUUAUGAUAUUUAUUCUUCUUCAUGAGCAUGGAAUUGUUUUCCAUUUGUUUGUAUUCUCUCUUAUUUCCUUGAGCAGUGAUUUGUAGUUCUCCUUGAGGAGGUCUUUCACAUCCCUUGUAAGUUGUAUUGCUAGGUAUUUUAUUCGCUUUGUAGUAAUUGGGAAUUUUAGCUGAUUAUCCUUUAUCAACUUAAGGAUAUUAUAAUUUAUGCUUAUGGAUUAGUUUUCUGAGGGUUAUUAUCUUAAGUGGGUCAUAAACUCUAUCAAACUUUUAAAAAAUACAUCCAUAGAAAAGCAUAUUUGCAAACUAAAAUUUCUUAGGAAUUCUAUUACAAUAAAAAGAUUUGUUUGGUUUAUUCCUGGAUAUCCAAAAGAUAGUUAAUUAAUUAUUAUUAUUUUCACUGAAUAACCAAUGUUAUCUUUCUAAAUAGAUGUCUUUUGUAAAUAAAAUUUGAACAUCACGAUUGGAAUCAAUAAACAUUAUUAUUAGAAUCAAUAGAAAAACUGAGGAUUUUUAAGAUGUGAAAUGAUAUGAUCAAAUCUAAUAUAAUUGCCUUCCUUUUAAUAGGGUCAUAUUCAGGAUAUCAUCAUCUAUUUAUUGAGCAUCUAUACUGUACAUAGCUCUGUGAUGAGUGUAAUUGGGAAUGAAGCAGUAGGGUAAGUCAUAGACCUUGUUCACACAGAGCUAAUUGGAGAGAUAAAUUUAACACACUGAGAUAAUUAGAUGAUUUGACCUAUCACAUAUGACAGUAUGUAAAAGGAAGAGGCAAAGUGUGGGGAAGCUGUCAAUUGACAUUCAGAAAAGAGAAAAGGUCAAGGAAUUUCAGAUGGCUGAAGAAAUCAAUGUGCAAGAAGUUGAGCUGGUUUUGUUAGGCUUUGUUCCCCAUUCAGAAGAGUGCAUUUGUGAAACAGUGAUUGUUCACAUAGACUAUUGCAAUAGUCUACGUCUACUCCAUUUCCAAUCUUCUCCUCUGCCAAAUUUUGGAAAUAUCUAUUAACAAGUAAACACCCAAAAACAUCACAUCCUAAAAGGGCCAAGAUCCUAAAAUUGCCUCUUAAUCAUGUAAAUUUCUGUUGAUUUAAAACAAAUACACAUAAAUAUACAUUUUACAAGAAUACAUAUCUAAUAAUAUUUAUUUUUGCUCACUUGAGUUUUGACUUUGUAGAUGUUUUGAAUUUGGUUCUGUAUAUAUUUGCAGUUUGUGAUGUUCCAGGUUUUCCUGAAAUAUAUAUCCUACUCAAAAUAAACUUCUAGGCUGGUUUUAAGGUCCAUCAUGCGGAAGAAUGGCCUUAUUUUAUUAAUCAGUGUCCUCCAUGCCAACAUAAUGGACCCUCGCUUACUUAUCGAAAUCCUCUCCCUUUGCUUUUGACAAAAUAAGAUUCUCCCUCUCAAUAGCCUUUUCUAAAGAUGCUCAGAAAUGUCCUUCUUCCUAUUAGUACUUAACUACAGACACUAUAUUUACUCGUUAGGUUCUCAUCACAGUAAUUGGGCAGAGAGAUCAGAUGUAAACCCUCAGGAGUUAGGCAGCCUUUUAGUGAAAAUGGCAAGGUGUAUUGAGUGAGUUAUUUUACAAAUAAAGAAAGUAGUCCUAAAAUGUUAAUAUGUUGGAGAUGAAAAAGAUUCAAACUAGUUAAACAUCUGUAUUGCCUUUAUAUAACAAUGGUUAUUUGGCAGUGCUGGUGAGGUCGAACAAAAUCGUAACUCAAUUCCAAGUAAGCAUUUAUUUGUCAUGUUUAUUGAACAUAGAAUUAAUUGAGUACUUUCAGGAAAACAAAGUUUUAUAUGGCACAGCCUUCAGAUUGUAAUCUUUUAAUAUACAGUGACUUGUUCAGUGACAUCCUCUGUAAAAGAAACUUGCUCUCAAACUGGACUCCGCAGACAUUAACAGUUGGUGAAGCUAAUGAUCAUGGUUGAAGAAAAAAUCAGCAAAAAGUGCCACAGAUCUUUCAUCAUCACUAUCACUGACAUCACUGUAUCUCACUUCCCAAUAUCUUUCUUUCAUAUAUUAAGGUAUCAAGUAAAGAGUUGAAGGAAACGUUUUUGUUUGGCUUAGAAACAAUUAGCCCAACAUUUUUUCAGAAAUUCCUUCUAGCUUGCAUGUAUGAAUAGAUUCUAUUCACUCAAAAAGCCACACAUUUUAAUAUGACCCCCUUUUCUAUGACAAAAAAGAAAAUUGGAAAAUGAUUUUGAAGUUUUCUAAAUGCAGUAAUGACAAUACUGGAUACACCUGGAAAGAAAAGAAGAAAUGUUUCUCAGGCAACGAUACCAGGAGAUUAUAAUAGACUAUUAAACUAUCAUUCACAGAAGGGGAUUUAGCAAAUAUGUGAACUAAUUGUCUCCUUACACAUCUGGUGCUGAAAGACUGUAUACCUGUCUAUGGCACCAAAAUAAAUAAAUAGAUAAAUAAUCUCCACCUUUUCACCAACUCGGGUCAUAGAGUUACUUAUUAUUCAGCAAUUGUUUAUUGGGUGCCCUUUCCUGCUACAGAAUAUACUGAGUCCUGAGUACACAAAGGCAAAUGAAAUUUUUCUACAUGGUCUCUGACUUCUUGAAUCUAAUAGAGUAGGGAGAAACAGCCGAAAUGCAUAUAACAAAAAAUAUUAUACAUUGUGAAAACUGUUAUCUGUAUGAGGAAUCACAAGUGUAUCCCACACAAGGUGCGUAGGCAAGAGGGCACAAACGGAGGCAGAAAUCUGAGCGGUCAGCCAUGUGUCAUGGUGUGGGGUUGUGGCAGCUUGGAGGAAAAAGUAUUAUUUGUUCAUAAUAGAGAGGGUGACAUUUUUCAAUCCAUCUUUUGAAAGAGAAAUAUUUUUCUAAAUCAAACAGAGACACUGUAAGAAAUAAAGAUUUCUAAACUACUGUGAGGAAAUAUUUUGACUUUCUAUGAAAGAAGUCUGAUUUCAUUGGGUUAGCUAGCAGGUCCUCAAAUGAAAAACAAAAGACAUUUAAGCUAACAUUUAAAGGACGAGAAAAAAUUAACCAAGUCAGGAGAGAAAUAGAGAGUUAAUAUAGUAUCACAGGGCAGAUGAUCCCCAUGCUGGAAAAAAGCCUGACUAAUUUGGAAAAAGUAAAUUGUCGUCAUAUUGCAGUGGGAGAAAGGAAAUUUAACAUGAGAUAUGGUUGUAGAGACAGGUAGUGAAAAAAACAUACAGGUUCUUGUAGAACAUCGUGGCAAAUAUCCAUUGCAUUUAUUCAAUUGGGUGGUCAUAUCUGAUGGCAGUAAGUGCUGAUACUGAAGAAGCAAAUGAAGUGACAAGUUCAGAAAAAAAGAACAUUUUCUCCUGGAGAUAGAAUUUUAUCUGUUAUUUUUAAUAAGUGAAUUCUCUUAGUGAUUAAAAUAACUAAUGGGUACUAGGCUUCAUACCUGAGUGAUGAAAUAACCUGUACCCCCAUUACACACAUUUACCUAUGUAACAAACCCACACAUGUACCACUGAACUUAAAAUUAAAAAAAGAAGAGAGAGAAGGAAAGGAAGUCCAGAUACUGUAUUGAGGAAGAAUUAGAGUAGAAGAGAAGAUUGCCAAAACAUGGAAUGAGUUCAAAGAUGUGGAAGGAAGCCCCAGGGAAGUGGCUGUUUUGGAGGCCCAGCGAGGAACUGCUUCAAGAAUGGCCUACUUGGCUAAAAACCUGAGCAAUCUAGUGAAGCGCAGAUGCAAACUGUCUACUGAAUUUGCCUCCAGUGACCCUUGCAAUCACAUAGUCAUGACAGUAGACUGGAUUGAACUAAGUAGAUUAAACCAGGUAAGUGGAUGAAAGAUAAAAAUGGAAUCUUAGGAAAUAGAGACAGUAGUUAUACACAUAUUUUAGCUGACCUUUAGAAGCAAAUUUCUUCAGAUUAAAAUAUGAUCCAUGUGAUCAUAUUUUAAAUGCUUAUAUUUAUAUAUUUAAAUAUUAGAGCAAUGGGUUCAUGCCCUAUGUUAUUAGAGAUAGACCAGUACAUAAAGAAAGGUUGGUGACUGAGGAUUGAGAGAGAGGACCAAACUAGGAUCAAAAUCACUGAGCAGGUGGAAGGGGUGGAGAGGGGCUGUAGUCCAGAAAAGAUGGAGAGGAAUAGGUCUUUGACUUGGCAUAAUUCUCUCAUUUGUAGUAAGAGGAAUAACUAGUGGAUCAUUCAUUCAUUUAUUUAUGCCUUCAUUCUAACAGAAAAAAAUGAAUACAUUUCUUAAUUUCAUUAUGGUCUAGCCACGGUGGCAAAGUUUCGGUAUACUUAGGUGAGCAAGACCAACGUGAUCGCUGUCGUCAUGGGGCUUUCAGUCAAGCACAAGUGGCAGAUAAUAAAUGAACAAAUAAAACAAAUGUAAACCGAAGUAAAAUGAAGUGACUUAAAGAAAACAAAAAAAGCCGGGCUUGGUAGGGGGCGCCUGUAAUCUCCUGGGGCAGAAGGAUCACUUGAGUCCAGAAAGUCAAGGUCACAGUGAGUUAGGAUUAUGCCACUGUCCUCCAGCUUAGUUGACAGACAGAGCAAUGCCAUCUCUCUAAAAGCAACAAGAACAACUAAAACAAAAAGUGAGAUUAAAUGUAGUGAGAGUGAUGAGGGGAGUGAGGAGAGUUUACAUAGAGUAGUCAAUGGAGGCCAGUGUCCUCUUGGAAGAGAGAGCUUUUGUGCAGAAACUCGAGUGAAUGCAUGAGCGGUACCAGAUUUGAAGGUGGAUUUUGCCAAAGAAGCAGAGAAUCAAAGAGGAGAGGCUUUGGAGAGGUAUGGCCACCAGCGUUGUCCCUAAACAAAAGCUUCUAUAUACCACAGCAGGAGGCAGACACUAUUACAGUUACUUAGGGUUCAAAAUUAUGUAAAAAAACUCUGAUGUUAGCUUAUUUAAGGAAGGAUCUAUUGGCAGCCAACCGUUGAGUACUUAACCUUAUGUUGCCCCAUUAUGAUUCUUUUUUAUCCCCCUAAGUAUUUUGAGGUAAAUCUCUGCAUGGUGUACUCUCUUAUGUCUCUGUGUUAAUACUAUAUUUAAUCUUUUAAAACAUCACUUGCAUUUGGCACAGAACUGGGUCUCAACUAUAUUAGAAGCCUUAUGCCAGUCUCCAAUAACUGGUGAAAUGCUGUUACCUGAUGUUUCAGCUGCUGUCAAGUUCCUAGUUGCUUCGGGAAUGUUUUACAUUUCAUUAGUGUAAUGAUAGAGUUUACAGUUAUCUACAGUAUGCAAUUACAUCCAUUAAUAGUAACACUGCAUUUUUACAUUAAUUAUAAUGAGAAUUAAUGGAUAGUUAUGUGGAUUUUCAGCUAUAAGGAAAAAUUUUGGUACCAAUUACUCUUGUACAGCUAAAGAAGAAUUGAUGGACAAAUUUACCUCAGUAAUUCUUUCAGGAAAAUAUGAGAUUUCAAGUACCAGUAACCAUGAAUUAUGAAAUUAAAUAUAUAUAUAUAUAUAUAUAUAUAUAUAUGAUGAGAAAUUAGAGUCGGUAACUAUAUGAAAAAGGUUUAUUGUAGGAGGAGGCAGCAUGGGAUGGUAUUAAGGAGGAGGAGCUAGACCUGAAUUAGAACCCAAUAUCUGCCAUUUUCAAGCUCCUAUUUAAACUCCUCCAUCCUUUGUUUCUUCCUACUUUGUAAGAUGACUACUGUUCCCAAACUGUGCCCAUUUAAAAAAAAAAAUUGUAAAUUUUCAGCGUGAUGCCUGGCACAAUUCAAAUGCUCUACAAGUUGUAGUUUUAUACAUGGAGAAAAGGGAGGUAGUGUCAAUGAAUAAAGGCUUGAAAAAUAUUAAUUUUUCUUAAAUAUAGAAGAGAAGGUAAAUUCCUGGUGUAAAACUGUAUUCUUUGAUGUCCAAUAGGAAAAUAAAUUGACCAGUGGUGUAAGUGAGGCUGAGAGAUACAGGAGGUGGCUGUGGAAACUAUAUUUCAUAGCCCGUAAAAUCAGAGUGACAUAAAAUUUUGAAUGGAAGACCAACCGCAGUUAAAAAAUAAAUUCCCUCCUGGCAUGCAUUUAUCCAUAAUAAGGCAAAUGAAUUUACAGGCAUCUCACUGAAAUGCAGGGGUAUAGAUACUAAAAUUCUUCUGGGUGCCCAAGGCUGGUUAAAGAAAAGUUAAUGUGUAAUAAAAAUUAUUACUAAUUUA